AGCUAAUGGAGAGGAGUGUGGUGGUUGUUGCCGGGUUUCUGAAUAUCACUGUUGCACAUUGUCAACAGAGCCUUUGUCCACCUGUCACAGCACUGUUGUCCACACAUACACUGCAGUUGAAUUACUGCCAUUUUCAAUACUCAAUGCACAGUUUUUAGCCUCUCUCUUGAAAAUUGCCUGGUUAUCCAUUGAGGCCCUACUGGGUCUGGAUGGUCAGGAAAGUAAUCGUGUUUGCAUUCAGCAGAUAUUGGAUAAAUACAUCAAAAGAAUUGGAAUACGCAGCAACCCCAAAGGGAAGUUUAUUGAACCCACAUAAACAUUUUCAGUUAGUAUUCAAUCUAUGAAAAUACACUUUUGAACAAAUAGCUAUCAGUAAGUAGUAAUGAAUACACUGAAGGGGAUGUAAACAUUUAUAGGCCUGCACAUUACUAAAAACGGGCUGAUUGGUCACAGUAUAGCUUGAAGUCAGCCAUCAUGAAUAGGGAACUAAACGUGGAUUCUAUCAUUGAACAGCUGCUCUCUGUCAGGGACUCUCCAGGGAAACAGGUUCAACUUCCUGAGACCCAAAUUCGCCAAUUAUGCCAACUGUCCCGAGGAAUAUUCCUGGAACAGCCCAUGCUGCUGGAACUGGAAUCGCCUGUCAAUAUAUGUGGAGAUAUACAUGGCCAAUACGAGGACCUGCUGCGACACUUCGACAAAUGUGGAUUUCCACCAGAUGCAAAUUAUCUUUUUCUUGGUGAUUAUGUAGACAGAGGUAAAAGAUCCCUUGAGACUAUAUGUUUGGUACUAGCAUAUAAGAUCAAAUAUCCAAACAACUUCUUUUUGCUACGAGGGAACCAUGAAUGUGCAUCAAUCAAUCGAAUAUAUGGUUUUUAUGAUGAAUGCAAGAGAAGAUACAACAUUAAAUUAUGGAAAACUUUCACAGAUUGCUUCAACUGUUUACCUAUAGCUGCUGUUGUGGAGAGCACUAUAUUCUGUAUGCAUGGAGGAUUAUCUCCCGAUCUCUCAGAUCUACAACAGAUAAAGGACAUUGAACGUCCAAUUGAUGUUCCAGAUCAUGGUCUGGUUUGUGAUCUGCUUUGGUCAGACCCUGAUGAGGAUAUCACUGGCUGGGGAGAGAAUGAUAGAGGUGUGUCCUACACGUUUGGAGGGGAUGUAGUCAAGGACUUUCUGAAAAAGUUUGACUGUAGUCUCAUUGUCAGGGCUCACCAGGUUGUCGAAGAUGGGUACCAGUUCUUCCAAAAGAGAAAGCUUGUGACACUGUUCAGUGCUCCAAACUACUGUGGAGAAUUUGACAAUGCAGCUGGUGUCAUGAUCGUGUCAGAAGACCUCACAUGUGCUUUCAAAAUACUUCCUCCAGAACGAGGGAAAGUGAUAGCAGUGAACACAAAAAACAGCAAGAAAUAGCACAGGAGUCUUGAAGAGCACUUUCUGUGAGUUCAGUCCUGGGGAGGUGUAUCCAACUUGAAUCACCUGAGCUGCAAACCCUGAACAGAAAAACAUACAGCUCAAGAACAAAGUGUUCUAUUGUCAUUGAAGUUGAUGCUACCACCAGCCGAGUGUUUCCAUCCUCCAGGAUGGACUCGUGAUGUAGACAUUGUGACAAUGAACUGAAAGCAUAUUCAAAACUACGCAUUUUAUAUGCAUUACUUCUGCCAAAAUCUCAUGCAUUUGCCCAAGUGCUAAAAAAUCAUUUAUUGGGGAAUUUACUCACUCAAAGAUAAAGUAUGUUUGUAAACUUUGUUUUCUCAUCCUACACACACAGAAAACCUUUUUUACAUAGUUGUGUAUUUGAUUGUAGUUCAAUUUAAAGGUUGAAACCAAUUGUUUGUGUGGAUGCAAGUGCCAAAAUAUCUUUUCAUGAUUUGCAUGUCUGGCUAUUUUCUUUUCACAAUCAAUUUGCUUUAUCAAAGUACAGUGUCUACUUACACAUUUAUUGGAAUAUUACUAUGCUGCGACAUGUCAGUAUGAUUCAGAUAAUAAUUUUCAGUCCAAGUGUCUCCUUACCAUCACAAAAACAAGUCAACUUUCUGGCUUGAUGCACCACACCUAUUAAGCAUUGUAUUAUUUUGUAAAACUGACAGACUGAAAAUAUAUCUUGAUAACCAAAAUGAUUUGGAAUUAUGGCUAUUGUUAUUAUAACCUCAACAUGUAGCUUAAACAUAUCAGGACUUAAAUGCUUGUGUUGUAAGCAGUAAUAUUUUAUCAGUUAUUGAUGUCUAGAAUCUUUUCUUUGUGAAUAGAUCAAACAUUUCGUCUUUCUAAUUUUUUCCGCAUUGCUGCUUAUACUUCUCAUACAUACCCCACUAAUCUUCCAGAUAGUACAUAUGUCCAUAAAUGAAUACAAUCCCAUGGACAAUUUGCAAGACACAGAAUUGGAUUAGCAGUUUGUGGCAAUGUUGUACCGUCAAACAGAACCUUCUUGUUUUUAUACAUCCACACUGCUAAACCAACUGUGAUAGUUGCAUCUUUUCUUUUAUGUCAGUUCUGGAGUACCUUAAACUUGAGAAAUACUGAUGUCACAUGGAAAUGUUUAUAGUAUAUAAAAAUAUAGGUGUUUGGAAGAGACUAAG